AUGCCUACUACUAGUGCAAACCCUACAACAGAGCUGAAUGCACCGCCAGCUUCUACUUCAGUGGCAGUCGCAGAAGACUUUUCAGUUACAAUUGUGAAUAUUUUUGAAGCAUUACAAAAGGGAAAGUUUCCUAGUAAUGGUCAGAUCGAUGCUAUUUUUACUAGAAUUCAAUCCUCUUCUGAGAUGAAAACGAUCGAGCCAUUGCUUAGUCCUCAAGGCCAAUGUCUAUGGCAUUAUAUCCAAGCAGCACUUGAUACUAUCCGUCAGGCAAAUCGUGCCAUUAACAGUCGAGAAUCGUUGCAGAGCAUGAUUUAUUAUCUGAACCAAGCUGAUCCACUUGGUAAGCCGCUGCCUUGGCUUUUUGUAAUUUUGGACGAUUAG